AUGAGCAAGGAGAAGAUUGGUGAUAUUCCAAAAAUAACCCCUCUCCAAAUCGCAUUAGGUUAUCCGCGGUCCGAUCCCUCCAGUCGAUUCUUCGUGCAGACUUAUAAGAAGUUCAUUGAGGGCUAUAAGACCAGUGAUGGGGUGCCUGGGGUUUCCCUGAUCAAAUGGUCCGAUGCGAGACAGAGAGUUGACCUCGAGUACAUGGCGAAAGGAUUUGCAAUCAUUGAAGGUCGAGGAAAGCAAUUUUGGCCCGCAAGCGAGUGCUCUUCUUCUGGGGACUCACUGAUCUGGCCACAGGAUGAUCAAAAAAUCGUCAAACUGCUUGCCCAACUCUUUUUUCGUCACAACCAGCAAGAACACCAAAAGGGCCUUAAUUCACCAUCCAAGAAGAAACCAGUUGCACGCCACGAGAGGCAGAGAUCCCAAACACUUGGACAAAGUAACGCCGUGUCACCUUCAGUUCCAAGCGAGGAAAUGGACACAGACCCAUGGAACGAAGUCGAUUCGGAUGAUGACCUUCCAGAUAUAGACCAUAUUCGUCCACGCCCUAUGGGACUAGAUAACCAAACUUCAUCGGCAAGCAACAUGAGGAACACAACACCGCCACCUCAGGCCUCCACAACUGCCAUAAAUACUCCGAGCCACACUGCAAUCUCUUCUGGAGCAACUGCACCUGUUGCUCAGAUGGCUCAACGCCUAGAGACCACCACCGUGGCGGGAACAAUCUUUCAGGCCAUAGAUGGUUUUACUGAGAAAUACACUUCAUCAGGCCGCAGCUGUCGACCGGUCCAACGCCUUAAUUUUGUUGAAACACCAACCUUUGACACGGAAGAUGAUUCCCAAUCCUUGUCGCCGCCUCCUAGUCGACAGAGUGAUCCGGGAUCCCGUCUCAGUCCAGAGCUUGGAACAGAGGUUCCUGGAGCUUCUCAUGUCGGAACCUCGCAGAACCCUCGCGCAACUUCAGAGCCAAUGUCAUUUGACAAGACUCAGUUGGCUACUGAAGACAUAACCCCUGUACAAGAGGCAAACCAGGCGACUAGUGCUAUGCCUCCACCUCCUCUCCCGCAAGCCACAUAUCAAACACCAGAGGCUACCACUAGAAGGCCAAGAUACGGUAUUAAAUACAGUGUCGAAAAGACACCCGGAAACCUCACACUAUGGGAGAAUUACGACAGAUUCGGCCCCAUGCCAAUGUCGGAGUUUCAAUAUAUGCAUGGCUUCAACGAUAUUGACGCUGUACGAUUCGUUGUUCAGCGCGAAGGUAGGAGUUGGGAUGAUAAAGUCCAUAAAAACGACGACGUUGCAUUUCAGGAUAUGAAGGUCCGCUUCCGAGGCCUAAUCAAAAAUGAUUUGGAUGGACUUGGCCCCGACUGCGGCUAUGUUCCAUACGAUAUCUGGAUCAUUCCGAUUAGGAGUUCCGAAACUGAGGGGAAGUAUUUCCGAGAGCAGUCGAUCACGCUGUGA